AUGGAGACUGUGAACAGAGGCAAAAUCAUUCUCGGUCUGGAACUCAAUCUGAUUCUAUUUCAUGUCGGUGCCGCGGGCAACUGCACCGUCUCGGUGGUUCAACCACCUUCCCUUGAAGUGGACUACACUCAGAAAGCUGUGACCAUGCACUGCUCCUUCUCCACAGCGGGGUGCCCUGCAGAGCAACCAACAAGCCUGUGGUUUCGCUACGGCGCUCUCCAGCCCGAGAACCUGUGCUUGGAUGGAUGCAGAAAUGAGACAGACAAAUUCACACUUGUGAAUCUGGCACAAAACCAAGUUUCCCUCACUGUAAACAGGCUGACUUUCAAUGACAGUGCAAUCUACAUCUGUGGAAUAGCCUUUCCCAGUUCAAAGGAACCGAGAGCUAAGCAGACGGGAGGAGGGACUGUGCUGGUGGUAAGAGAGACAAAGGUUCUCAGCAAGGAACUGCAGAGUCUCCUGGCGGCCCUCUUAUCACUGCUCUCUAUGUACGUUACUGGUGUAUUCGUGUUCUUCAUCGUCCUCACCAAAUCAAAAUCUAACACUCUAAGAAAGAAAGAAACAGAAGAUUCACAAAAGAAAAAGAGUGCUCGGCGUAUUUUCCAGGAAAUUGCUCAAGAACUAUAUAAUAAGAGACACAUGGAAACAAGCCAACAACCUCAGGAGAAAGACAACACUUAUGAAAAUAGAAGAGCACUUUCUAACUAUGAAAGACCAUAGAAAUCUUCUGAUUUUCAAUUAAGUCACUGAAAAUCCAACUCCAGAAGUUAUGGAAGUGGUAAUGGACAUACACUGAUCAGGGUUUUUUAAAAACCAAUUUAAAGUAAACGGAAAAGUCAACUGGCUACAAGAAGGAUGCCAGAGUAUAAGGAAACUAUUACUAAGAGUAAUUAUCACAAUACUAAAACCCAACAAAAUGCAACUGAAAAAUACUUUCCUAAUUUGCUAGGAGAAUUCUAAGCAGUCAAACAUCCUCAAAAACUUUCAAUUAUA